AUGUCUUAUGUUCAACCCAACAUGGUCUCAAACUCGAACUUUGACGAGGAUCAAUGGGUUAUUCAAAUUCGUCGAACCCUAGACGAAGAGCUCGAAGACGGCACUGAAAUCCCUGUCAGCAUCUUCAAUGUCCCCAAAACCCUAAUGGUUGGUGAUCCGGAUUGUUACAUUCCACAAGAAGUAGCAUUAGGUCCUUACCAUUACUGGCGUCCUGAGUUGUAUGAGAUGCAAAGAUACAAGCUUGUUGCAGCUAAAACAACACAAAGGCAACUUCAAAACAUCAAGUUUCACCACCUAGUCGACCAACUAAUGACGUCCGAGGCAAUGAUUCGAGCUUCAUACCAUAAGUACCUGGAUAUCAAUGGUGAAACCUUGGCAUGGAUGAUGGCCGUUGACGCAUCAUUCUUGCUUGAGUUCCUUCAAAUCUAUGCUAUCAAGGAAGGUAAAGCGUGCAUGCUAACAAGAAUUUCAUCCAGUAUGUCACAUUUUCUUGAUAUUGAAAGGAGGAAAUCAGCACAUAAUGCCAUUCUUAGAGAUAUGGUGAUGCUUGAGAAUCAAAUCCCACUAUUUUUGCUAAGGACGAUGUUGGAAUUUCAAUGUUCGUCAUUAGACUUGGCUGAUCAAUUGUUGCUCUCCAUGUUAAUGGGGUUCUGUAAAGAGCUUUCUCCGUUUAAGAUGAUCAAACAAUUGCCUAAUUUUGAUCAAGUUACGAAUUGUGCACACUUGCUAGACCUUCUAUACCGUGUGAUCUUGCCAAAAUGGGAACAAGAAUUCGAUGUUAACACUGAUGAAGUUGAUGAUCAAACUGAAGUUAAAGAGAGCAACGAAAGAUCCUUUGGGAAGUCAGUUUAUGUCAGACAACUUCUCGAUGCAAAAAAAGCCCUAUGGAGGACGGACACAGAGAGAGAGAAUUAG